AUGAACGUUGAUUUGGAAGAAUUUAGAGGAGUUUGCGAGAAUUUCUAUGACAAAAAUAAAAUAAGUAAUAGCACCGAAGCAAAGGAUGUCGAUGCCUUCUUCAUUCACGCUUCUCCGGCCCAGCGAGUGGAUUUGACUCGGGAGCAGAACAAAGUGCGAGCGGAGUUUCAUCAGCGGGUGGAGAAUGAGCGCAGGAGGGUAUUUGAGGGAUUGUGUGUGGAUACUCAAGUUCGGCGACUGCCGUAUAGCACCAUCAUCGACACGCUUAAACAGUUUAUAGAGAGGCACUACAACGACAACAAUAGAAACCCAGGCAUAGAGAUGUUUCUCGUCGCUCUAUACACCCUGCUUAGACUGCAGCGAUGCUAUCCACGCAGAUUAGCGUGGAUUCUCGAUAAUAGCGCGUUUACGGAGAAUGGGCACAAAGAUUUCACCAUCGACGCAUACAGCCUCGUUGUCGGCGUGCUCGGCUGUGAGGUGAUAGACAGAUACAAAAACACAGGCACUUAUGUCCUUCCAGCGACGCUGACGAAUUCUGAAUUGAGUGGCAUAGCUAGGGUAUUACCAUUUAGUGUAAAACGCAGCACACGCAUUCUCAAGUCGUUGCAAGGCGAUGCAGAAGCAGGCAAGAAAGAUAAGAUGGCCGUGGGGGAUGUGUACGAGUCGAGCAGUCCGCGUGAUUAUGCGCGUAAGGAGGGAAUAUUAAGUCAGCUGUACAACUAUAUAUUGGAUAUUAUCCUGUGA